CUUUGUUAUAACGCAAGAGAAUUAUUUGAAAUUCAUCGUAAUGAACAAGAUCCGAAAAAAAUUCAAGAUUUGGUAACUUGGGGAUGGCAAAAUUUGGAAUUUUUAAAAGCUUGGAGAUUUGUUGAAAAGGAAAUUUUAAAUGAAAUCUUUAGAGGAUACGGAUCCAUUGAUAAACUAAUUGGAGAAAAGCAAUUGAUUGCCCAAGCUAUACUAUCUCGAAGACCUGGAUCUCCCCCAACAGGUCCUAAACCAGAUACUACUUUACCACAACAAUCAAAUAAUGAAAAUACUGAAAAUACUGAAACGAGUCCAAUAUCUUCACCAAAAUCUCUACCUUCUUCAACAAUAUCUAAUAAAUAUCAAAUUCCUACUUCAUUUACUAUACAUCGUUUCAAUCCUGCAACUAAUCCUAAUAAUACUUCAAAUGCGGAUGCUUUAUUACCAGAAGAAAGCGCUCCUAUUAAAGGACAACCAACAACUGCUGCUACAACAACAAAUGUUAUGGCUUCUUCUUCAGUACAUACUAUAGAUCAACCUACUAGUGUAGUUAUUCCAAUGCCAAGUACUUUUGUAUGUAAAAGAGAUGGAAGAGUAAGGUGGUGUGAAGUUUGUAAUUAUGUUAAACCCGAUCGAUGUCAUCAUUGUUCGGAAUCGUAUACUGCUAUUUAUGCUGAUUUUACCUUGGCCGCAACAAUACCUAUUAUAGUUAACCAAUACCAAAGUCCAGAAAAGAAAGAUUUUAACAUAAAUUUUAUAAUAACUGCCGUACUUGGUUUCAUAUUCGGUCUUCUACUAACGGGUUUCAGUCUAGUUCAUACUGCUUAUGUAUUACAAAAUCGUACAACAAUUGAAACUCUUUCAUUUAGAACUAGAACAUAUAAUGUUAGAGUACAAUUUGAUCCUGAAAAUCCUUUAAAUUAUGGUGUUGCAACUACAAGGCCUGGUGAAAAUAUAUGGAGUUUGGGGUGGAAACAAAAUUGGAAAUUGGUCAUGGGUGAUAAAUGGUGGUUAUGGUUUGUGCCAUUCGGUAGUCCGCCAGGUAACGGAUUAUCAUAUCCAUACAAUAAUGCAUCACAUAAUAGAUUAGUUGAUGAAGCAAGAAGACAAUCGAUAUCACAGGAAGAAGGAAUAAAUUCUAUGAUGCAACAAGCUCAAUCUCAAUCGGGUCGUGGUGGACAUUAUGUUAAAAUGGUUCACAAUGGUCUGGAAUAUGGUGAUGUGCAACUUACUUGUGAGGCAUACUAUUUAAUUAAAGAAAUUGAAGAUGCCUUCGAAGAAUGGAUAAGGAAGAACUUUGAUUCCUACUUGAUUAAAAUUACUCGAAAUAUUGUUAGACAUAAAGAUACAGACGCACCUUCCAUGAUAAUAUCAGAAAUGCUUACAUCAAUAUUCCAGAUCUUGAGAAUCACCUUUUUGAUCCAUUUUCAAAACACUAUUGAGGAUGCUCAAAAAUCCUGGCGUCAAAUUGUUUCACGCAAUUCUGCUCGACAUUCCUAUUCUGCUUGUCUUUUAUUACUUCAGAGAAUUCCUUUGAUAUUUAAAUAUUACAUAGGCAAUGCCAUUGCGUUCCUUUAUUCUGAUGAUACAUUUGAUAUGUACGGUACACCAGAUGAUGGGAAUUCUUAUAACUUUAAUUGGAAUAAAGGCGAAAAAUUUAACGUCAAUAUUUAUUAA